AUUUAUUAAAUGAACUCAAAAAAAAAACAUAAAAAACUGGCAGCACUUCGAUAUUGUCCAUCAUAAAUGAAAUUUCACAUUUCACUUUCAGUUUCAGUACGCUAGAUACACCUGUGCUGGAAGGUCACAAACAACGCCAGAAAUCAACAUGAAAAUCGCCUAUGCCCUGCCAAGUCUGUUGAUUUGGUUAAGCAUUGAAUGCAGCUCCGCAGCGGAGAAAUACACAACAUGGAACCUGGUCGCCGAUGAGAAUGUCUGUUCUCUGUUUCCAAACGGUGCCAAGCUACGCAAACCCGGUUCCUGUACUGAAUGGAUUAUUUGCCAAGAUGGCAAAAGCACUCCCGCCACCGACAGCUGUACCGGCGGCAAACUCACCACUUUGAGUGGUACGUGUGGUUCACCCAAAGAUGAUUAUUGCACCGAUGAAUGCAAAGCAAAAUCUCCAACUUGGAUUUCCGGUAACCGAAAUUGCCACGAUUGGAUCAAAUGUGAUGGCAGCAAAGUGUUGCUCUCCGGUACCUGUCCCUCGGGUCAGGUAUUCGAUGCAGCCCAGCAAAAGUGCUACUAUCCGAAGGACGAUUAUGUGUGCGAUAAGGAAUAUAAGAUUUGCGAUAUUGCUGCCUACGGUGAAAAAAAUAAGUUCUGGGAUAAGGACAAUUGUCACAAAUACUUCUACUGCAACAAAAUCAGCAGCAAAAACGAAAAUGCAGAGCAAAAAACCGGAACCUGUCCCAUCGGCCAGUACUAUGACAAACGUGCCGGAGAAUGCUUGGCCAAAGCCCAAGUGGACUGCUACAAACACCCGGUGCCCGAAGGCGUCUGUGGCACCGUCAAACUGGCCAUUCGCGGUCGUUUCGUCAGCGAUCAAGCCACCUGUAAUGGCUACUUCUAUUGUGCCGACCUGGGAUCGGGUAAUCCCGACCAAGACCCCCACUGGGGCGAAUGUCCCAAAUCAUACUUUUUCGAUGCCAAACUGGAGGCAUGUCGCCCGCGCACUGAGGUCGCAUGCGAUGAGGACCGCUGCAUUGGACGUCCCAGUGGCUAUGAAUUGGCGCCGAUUCCCGGAUGCCGGCACUAUUUAAAUUGUGAGAAUGGUUAUACGCUUGGCGCCCCAAUCGAAUGCGAUGAUGGCAAAUAUUUCGAUGUCAGCUCGGAGCAGUGUGUGGAGCAGGAAAGGUCCUAUACCAUUUGUGCCUUGUCGCUUAACAUUGUGUCGUUUGCCAUCUUCAUCUUCAGCCUCUGCUUGACCUCACAUGUCGCCAAGGCUGCCGUGGCCGAAAAAUAUGUCGGUCUAUGCCGACUAUUCGCUGACAAUACCAAAGUCGCAGUGCCCGAUGCGUGUGGUGAAUACAUUGAAUGCCACACCCCUACCAACUACACCAUUCACAUAUGUGACCCCGAUAUGGCCUUCGAUGUUAAAUCCCAGAAAUGCGUUGCCCUAAAAUCCAGCACCAAUACCCAAUGCAAGAAUGCUUGUGAGGGCAAAAACGACAUAUUUGUGGCGGAUCGCACAAAUUGUCACGGCUAUUUCUAUUGCCUAUCUGGCCAAUCGAUGUGGGGCUCCUGUCCGGAUGGCAUGCAUUUCGAUGAGAGUAUACCUAUGUGUGUCUAUAAAAGAGACUCCAAAUGUACCGAUGUUCCCAACAUUUGUGAACUGGUACCGGACAAGACCCAAUAUCGCGACGAGAAUGAUUGCAGUAACUAUUUCCUAUGCUCCAAGAAUGCGCCAACCGCGAAAUCAUGUAAAAAUCAAUUUUUUAAUGUCCAAAUUCAGGACUGUGUCAAUAAAGCUGAUAUGGUGUGCACGGCACAUCCGCACAAAGAAGAUAUGUGUGUGAAAAAUAAAAAACCCUAUGUGGGCUAUGUGCCGGAUCAAGCCACCUGUCGUGGUUAUUUCUAUUGUCGCAACAUGGGCAGCGUUCCUGAUUUGGAACCGAUAUGGGGUCAAUGUCCGGAAGGUAAAUUCUUCAGUGAAGCCACGCAGGCAUGUGUCAAUCCGACAGAUGUUAAAUGUGAAUAUAAUCCUUGUGAUGGGCGUGGCACUAUGAUGGUCUCCAGUGGCAACAAUAAUUGUCACAACUAUGUUUUGUGUGAAAACGGUGCUCCCGUGGACGAAAGGACCUGCUCGUGGGACUAUUUCUUUGAUGAACAAUAUCAGGCAUGCGUCCCCGAUAUUAUCUACUAUGAGUCCUGUGAUAUUAAAGUAAAAUAAAUAAAUAAAUAAAAAUCUAUUUAGAGUUUUGAAAUAA